AUGUUGUACUUGGUAGGUUUAGCAUUCGCUUACUUGGCGCUUGCCGAUCCAAAAUCGUGCACCAACUCUCAAAAUUGUGCAUCUGGAGAUAACUGUCUAGAUGUCAAUAUGAAUGGUUCUCCUACAGAGGUUUGCACAAAAUGCGAGCCAAACAACGUCCCGAUCAACGGGGCGUGCCAGUUGUGUGGGGAGGGGCACUACCUCUACAGCGGAGGAUGCUACGCCGCGUGCCCUCAGGGAACCCCAAAUCCUGAGACUAACACGUGCGACGGAGUCCCCACCCCUGAUUGCAAUCUCCCUAACUGCAAGUCAUGUCCCGACGGUACGUGCACAGAGUGUAACGACGGAUUUGUUCCAAGUAAUGGUAGCGAGUGCGUGUCUUCUAGCGUCAACAAGAGCGAGCUCUCCACCGGCGCCAUCGCGGGGAUUGCUGUGGCUGUGAUUGUUGUUGUAGGUGGUCUUGUCGGAUUCCUUUGCUGGUGGUUCCUCUGCCGUGGAAAGGCGUAG